CAACUGCCGGUUCUCGGCAGUACUUUCCUCACGAUCUGACAGCGUGAGGAAAGUGCAGCCGAGAACCGGCACUUGCAUUUCCCUCUGAUCAGCGUGUCAUUGGACACCGCUGAUCACGUGGUAAAAGGACGCUGUGAUCGGCCUUAUACCACAUCACGUGAUCAGCUGUGUCCGGCACUGAUGAUCAGUGCCCAACAGUGCCACCCACCAGUGCCCAACAGUACCAUCCAUCUUUGCCCAUCAGCGCCCAACAGUACCAUCCACCUGUGCCCAUCAGUGCCACCCACCAGUGCCCAACAGUACCAUCCACCUGUGCCCAUCAGUGCCACCAGUCAGUGC